CGGGGAAUGAAAUCCUCGCUAGUGACCUUAACUGUUGACGCAGCAGAAAAUCUUAUAUAAUCAUUCACUGACCUUGACUUCUCUGGGUGUCUGACGAGUGAUCGUAUCGGUGUGAAGUUCUCCGAUUAGUAUUUGCUUGGGAGUCUAAUGCAACAAGAAAAAAUUUCCUGUUAGAUCAUUUCAUGUUUGUAGAUGUGAGUGUGUGAAAUUGCCAGUCUUUCCAUCCUAAAGCCAAUAUUACACCACGCCGGCUUCAAGAUGCAUUGGCGGCUAGUGUUCCUUGCAAUGUGGGUAAGCCUAGGCAUGUUACAAUGUUCCACACUAUUACAAGAAGAAGGUUUAGUCCUAAAAGGAAGACUGUGCUGUGAGGAGGGCCAAAUUCUCACUGACAAUGGCUGCGUGCCUGGUGUCAACACAGCCACUUUCUCGCCGCCAGUCUCCGCAAAUCUGUCACAAAUUACAAGCAACGUCUCUUGGUCUUUCGAGCCGUUAAUGUGUCCCAGAGGAUUCUACGUCAACCACCUUCUUCUGGAUGGAAGGAAUAAUACGCUAGAUAUAGAGGAGGGAGAAAUUUACCUGAAAUGGAUGGAGGUCUUGGCCUUCAAAAGCAGCUCUGACUACUGCGUGGGGCCCACUGUGGACGGCGGCUACGCGGCCCGGACUUGCCACCCUAAUGUCGAGAAGCUCUGCACGAGGGAAACGUGUGUCCAGAAGUGCUGUGGCGACGGAGAGGUUGUGGAGUUGGCAUCGACGAGCUGCAUAAAACGGGAUGUGGGCGGAUUUUCUCCCGAAUUCCGUACGCAUCAUGGAAGUCCAAUCCCAAGACCCAUGAAUAUUUUGGUGUUUGAGAAGAUGCCCGUUUGCGAAGGCCUAGCUCUCCUCAACCCCCGCGCCAAACCGAUACAGGAGUUCUACCUGCUCCCGAAUGGGAAUUUGUAUGAACCGCGCUACGCCGUAGAAUUCGUGCCGGGCAGAUAUUGUCUGGAACACUUUGUAGACUUUUCAGCCGACGUCGCCUUCGUAUGUCGGGAACCUCUGAGUAAGGCCAUCAUAAUCAAGAACCAUCUGCAGGCGGCCGGGUUGGUGGUGUCAUGCGUGUUCCUGUCGGUGACCAUCGUGUGCCACCUCGCCAUCAAACAGCUGCGCGACAUCCAAGGCCUCUGCCUCCUGUGCUACAUGGUGUCACUGCUGAUCGCUAACGCUGUCCUCUUCACGGGAUCUCAGUUCUCCAAAGUAAUUAGCAAGUCCCACUGCGUCUUUAAUGGUUUUCUCCUACAGCAUUCAUUUCUCGCGACGUUCUUCUGGCUCAAUGUCAUGUGCUUUGAUGUAUGGCGCGUCAUUAAAGCGACCGUGAAGCUGGUACCACUGCGGGGUAUCUUAGCCAAUGACGCCAAGAAGUUCAGGCUGUACUGCGCGUAUGCUUGGGGCGUCCCUCUGGUCGUGACGCUGGCGACCCUCUUGCUGCAUUUCCUGCCCGACGAGAAGGUUGCGGACGGAGUUCUUCGGCCGGGCUUUGGGCGGGAGUCGUGCUGGUUCAGUGGUGAUUACGAACUUCUGAGUUACUUCUACGGGUUGGUCGGUGUGCUGUUUCUCCUGAACCUGAUUCUCCUCGGCCACACUCUCGCGAUGCUGUUCCAGGCCGGCGGCGCCUUCAGCCGCUGCCGUUCUCAGAACACCAGCUCACUCACAGCCUUCAACCGGAAUCACCUUGAUGUGUUCUGGCAGCGGUUUAGCCUCUUCUGUUUAAUGGCGCUUUGGUGGGUCGCGGAAAUUCCCUCCUGGAAAAUUAAUCCCCUGGAAAUUUGGAUCCCGGCAGACAUCAUCAACUCCCUGCAAGGCUUCAUCGUGUUCGUGAUCUUCGAGAGGAGCCGCAAGAAGCGCGAGAUCGUGAGCCACACGUGGAAGGACACUGUGUCCACCGUGUCUCAGACAGUGAGGAAACUUUCCCACACGGGCGAAACCAGCGUCGUGUGGCACGUGAGCGACAACCAGGUGUGCAUCGCGAACCCCGACGGAUCGUCCUCAAGCAACAACAAACUCGCCGAGGAAACAACUUCCGACUUAGGCGAACGGAAGGACCCAGAGGGCGGCGACGGGGAGGCAACGCAGGCGGGGGAGAUCAACCCAAGCUUCCAGAACGCGGAUUAAAGCGGAUGUGGCCUACCUAGCCACUGGGUGGGCAAGCCAACCCAAGUCAGUCAGAACUGGGUAAAUAGAGAUGGCGACUCGAUAAAAACACCGGGCGGAAGGCAACGGCAAACCACCGCUCUAAAAUGCCUAGAAAAUCAUGGAAAAUCCAUGAUCGCCAACGUCCUUGUGGGACAGGGCACUUGAAAAAAAGGAUGUUAUCAGAAUUUAUCUUCUAAUAUGUUUGAAUGUACUUUUGGAUACUGAAAUUAGGUUGUCUGACAAGUGAAAGGGUGCAUAUAGUUGAAACUAUAAGAUCUGGUAAUGUUUACAUUCAUAUUCGCUACAUGUGGAGCCGACUUAGAAUGCGGCACAUGUAUCACAAAGUGUCUUUAGCAGAUAGUAGCAAAGUAUAUAUGUACAUAAUAUAUACACAUAUAUAUA